AUGGGGAAGGAGAUGGAGCACAGUUGCAAGGACAUCUCCUGUGAUAGCAGCAGCUUCUACCUGACUCUGCAGACUCUGCCAGCAAAGGAACACCUUGUUAACUGUGGCUUGAUGUCCAAGCUGAUUGGUUUCCAAGGAAGGAAAGGCCAGUUCGUCUUGCCCAUCUAUGCUGGGGGCAGGAAGUUCCAUCAGGUGUUCAUGAACACAGAAAUGCCACCUGAACAGGUACUCAACCACUCUGGGACUCACUCCACAGUCCACGAGUUCCAGGUUCCGGAUUAUGUUCCAUGGCAGCAGUCCAAGCAGGAAACCAAGCCAUCUACUCUGCCUCCAGUCCAACAAGCCAACAGCCUUCAUACAAGCAAAAUGAAGACUUUGACUAGGGUCCAACCAGUGUUCCACUCCAAGCCCACUACAGUGAUGACAAGCCACCAGCCGAAGAAUCCACGAGAACUACAUAGAAGGCGGAAGUUGAACCCUGGGAAGAUGCAGGCCAAAAUCUGGUUAAUGAAGAUGAUGCUCAGGAACGGGAGGACCGCUCUGCGAGAGCUCCAAAGCCAUGAGGACUUCCUCACCAAGCUCAACGAGGAGCUGAUCGAGACCAUCCAGGACAUGGAGAACAGCACGACCCUGAACGCGCGGGCUCUGCUGCAGCAGCAGGACAUCCUGGCGACCAUCAUCGACAUCUUGGAGUAUUCAAACAAGAAGAGGCUGCAGCAAUUGAAGUCUGAGCUUCAGGAGUGGGAAGAAAAGAAGAAAUGCAAGAUGAGCUAUCUAGAGCAGCAGGCAGAGCAGCUGAAUGCCAAGACUGAGAAGACCCAGGAGGAAGUGAACUUCCUGAGCACUUACAUGGACCAUGAGUAUUCCAUCAAGUCUGUCCAGAUCUCCACCCUUGUGCGCCAGCUGCAGCAGGAUAAGGACAGCCAGCAGGAUGAGCUGGAUGACCUCAGUGAGAUGCGCAGAAAGGUGCUGGAAUCCUUGUCUGACAAGAUUCAGAAGAAGAAGAAAAAAAUUCUGAGUUCUGUGGUGGCAGAAACCCAGCGUCCCUAUGAGGAGGCUCUCCUACAGAAGAUGUGGGAAAGCCAGGACUUCCUGAAAUGCAUGCAAAGGUUCAGAGAAUUUAUUGACCAGUUUGAGGAGAACAUGCCCGUAUUAAGGGCCGAGGUGGAAGAGCUCCAAGCCCAGACCCGGGAACCCCGAGAGGUCGUGUUUGAGGAUGUUCUGCUACGGAGACCCAAGUGCACCCCAGACGUGGAUGUCAUCCUCAACAUUCCUGUGGAAGAGCCGCUACCCUUCUAG